AUGACACCAAUCAGUGACACGCCUAAAAGGCGUACGAGAAGCGCGGGAGGCAGCGGGCCGUUGCGCAAGCGUGCUUCCACGGGAAGUGCGAGUGACAAGGUCGAGGGGCAAGUGGCAGCCGACGAUAGCAGCGUGGCGAAGCCGAGUAGUGCAGGGGGCCAGCUUGGGCCGACCAUUCCCAAGAUUCCCAAGAAGUCUAAGAGCGGGGAGUUUGUUACUAAAGCUCUACUCGAGACUACUGGAGAAAUUUGGGAGGAGAGGGUCGACAAGCGAUGCCAGGAGCGCGCCAAGAGACAUACGGAGAAUUGGCGCUUGGGCGAGGAGACCACCCGAAUGGUGGUCACUUCUGCUCAGCGGGCGUUGGAGAGACGGAUCGAGGAGCUUGCGAGGUUGACGCGAGAGGUAUCCGAGGAUGUUGGCCUACUGAAGGCCACCAGCCAACAGAUCCUCCAGCAACUGCAGGAGGAGAGCAGACGCAAGACCGUCGCGCCUACAGGGAGGAGCACGACCCCGCCGAAGUUGUCGGCGAAAGCAUGGAUCUGUCGCCUCUGCGAUGGAGGGCAUGCGGAGAGAGAAUGCCAGCGUUAUGCCACGUGCGGAGAGCGGUUGAGCCGAGCUAUGGAGAAAGGACUUUGCCUGAGGUGCGCGGCGCACCCCCAUCGUACGGAGUGCCACAAGAAGCGUCUGAAGUGCUCUAGAUGCCAGGCAGCGUCACACAUGGAGGUGUUUUGCCCAGCGCCGAACAUCGUUAUGAGUAACCGAACAACUGCUAUCGUCACGGUCUAUAAGACACAAGUGACACGCCGCGUGGCCGCCGCCACCAAACAUGGAGCGGCUGCGGCGGCAUAUUUAAGGGGACUGGAGAGAACUGAGCCCUCGAUGGAGGAGCUGUUGGCCGCAAGGCCGAUAUGGACGGCGCUCCUGAAAGCGCUCCAGGGUCUUGAGGGAGUAGGCGCCUUGGAGACGGAGUGCUUGCGUAAGCUAAGCGCCCUCAAGGUGUCUGAGAGUGCUUUGAGCGCGGCUCAAAGGGCGAUGGAAGAGCAUAAGAGAACGCGGGAUUACAUGCGCGUUCUGCUCGCUACCAUUCGCGAGGUGAAUGAAUUUGAGGAGUACAUGGCAAAGCUAUGGGAAGCGUUCCCUGAGGAGCCUAAAGUUGAAGAGAACGAGGUUAAGGAAGAGGAGCUUGCGGUCCAUGACUUGGUUGAUCAAGUGGCGAGCCAAGUCGAGGCGGAGCUCGAGCAGCGGAUUGCUCCAGAGUUUAAGAGCACUGAGCUCGGACGAGGAGAGGAUGAGAUCCUCGAGAACAGCGAGGGACGUUACGGCUCUUGCCUGGACGCCGGUCACGCUGUUGAUGUCGGCCUCCCGCGGCAGGGGGCUGCCGCGGAGGAGGUCGAGAGGCGGGAGGCGAGACCAGCUCUCAGAGGACUCGAAGAGGAGAUAGAGACGGCAUCGCCGGUGGAGCGAUCGCCCUUCGGGAGCGGAUCGGCUACCUCUCCGGCAAGAGACCGAGGAACGCGCGGCGUGGCCACGUUUCGUUUGCCCACUAUUGAGAUCCCCAGUUUCGACGGUGAGCGGGGAGACUUUGAUACCUUCUACGAGAUCUUUAUGUUUGCGGUGGGCAACAACGAGGAGCUGGACACCUCAACCAAACUGAUUUUGCUGUUGAGCAAGCUCAAAGGACGCGCGGCGAGAGUGAUAGAGGGGCUCCCGCGUACCGCUUCAUCUUAUGAGGAAGCAUGGAGGUUACUGAAAAGACGGUAUCAGGUGGAUCAGGAACGAGAGCAAGAGUGGAUCCAUGAGUUUGAGUGUCUCCGAUUGCCGCGAAACGCGAACCCAUUGGAGAUGCAAGACUUAUUGGAUCGUUGCGAAGGCGUAAUUCGUCGCCUCGCCCGGUUCAAUCUGGGCAGAGCGCCGAUGAUGGCAAGCCGAUUGCUGGAAAAGUUCCCAGAGAGCAUACAGGAAAAGAUUGAUAGACAGAUGGCGCGGUACCAUGUGUCUUUCGAUAUCUGGACCAUGAUAGAAGAGCUCCAGCAAACCCUUCGUACGGAGGUGCUUCUGUACCGAAGGCACCUAGACCGGCAGAGAUCGUCACAGAAAGGGGAGUUCCCGCGGGAGUACACGUGGGAACCGGAGGACGCGCGGAUCCACACCGCCCUGGCUGCGGAGCAUCGACCGUACCAGAUGACGCGGUCAUCGAACUGGCGUGGGCUCGAAGGAAAAACGACGCACGGGAGGGGAAAUAGAGAGAUGGGAAAUGGCGUGAAAAGGAAUGGCGGGCAAGAGCAGAACGCUUUUCGGUGCCCCUUUGACGGGGGUGACCACCGAGCGUUGGAAUGUUGGCUCGAAUUGUCGCAGAAGAGGGCGGCAGCUCGUAGUGGAAGGUUGUGCUGGAACUGUCUAAGCCCCAACCACUUCGCCAGUCAAUGCCACGCGGAGCCGUUUAAAGUGUCAGGGGUGGGAGGAACCUCACAGAUGUUAGACACUGCCGUUUAUGAAAUUCCAUUGGCGGCAGGAGAGUUCCUAUUGGAGGUAGAGGCUACGGCAAUCCCGCGCAUCUGUCAUGAAGUCGAUCGCCAAUUCCUCAGGAGGGCGGAGGAAGGCGAGGAAGGGACUAUAGAAUCGGAAAGGGUCGAGAUCGAACUAUUGAUUGGUAUGGACCAUUGGGUAAAGGUCAUGAAAGGAGCGAAGCUCUCAGGACUGUCGAAUGGGCAGGUCCUGCUGGAAACCCCACUCGGAUCGUGUGUGUGUGGGAGACCGACCGUCGCCGAGCCGAUGUCAGUAAAUGUCGGAGUCUUGUCGGACGAUGAGAAAGUGGCCCAAAUGUGGAACUUAGACUAUCUGGGAAUCCAGAUGCCCGCCAGUGCGAAAGGGGCAUCAGAGAGCGAGCAAGUUGUGCGGGAAUACCUAAAGAAGGUAGAGGUGGAGGACGGAGAAGUUCACGUAGCCAUCCCAUUCAAUGGGAAGGAGAAGAGGUUGAGCUCGAACUACCCGGUGGCGCACCGACGGCUCGUGUCGCAAUUUCACUCCCUGAGAAAAGAGCCGAACGCGCUGGAGGAGUAUGACAAAACCAUACAGACACAGUUGGCCAGUGGAAUUAUUGAGGCAUGCGAUGAGCUAGAUGGCGAGGGCGCGGCUCGUGGGCCAUGCUACUACAUCCCACACUCUCGAGUGUUGAAACCAGAUUCGAACACUACCAAGGUGAGGGUGGUGUUGGAUUGCUCGUCACACAUGCGGGGGGAACUGUCGUUGAACGAUUGCGUCCAUAAUGGACCCUCGGUGUUGCGGAGUCUGAUGGGCAUACUACUGAGGGCGCGGGUGCCCAAGAUCCUCAUUGCCGCCGAUAUUGAGAAAGCGUUUCAUCAAAUCAGGAUCAAAGAGGCGGACAGGGACGCGGUUCGGUUUCUGUGGUGGAAGGAUUUGAAGGAAGGGCCGGUCCCUGGAAACGUGCAGACGUUUCGGUUCACGCGGUUACCAUUCGGAUUAGGGCCCUCGCCCUUCCUCCUGUCUGUGUCGAUCCUCAUGCACUUGAGACUCAAUCCACAUAAGUUGAAUAAAGAGGUGGAGGAGAACAUUUAUGUGGACAAUGUUCAACUUGGGGCCGAGUCUGACGAAGAAGCGGUCCAGAAGUGCCGGGAGGUCAAACAGAUCUUCGCUGGGAUGCGAAUGAACUUGAGGGAGUUCGUGACCAACAGUGCAGCGGUGAGCCAACAGAUACCAGAGGAAGAUCGUCAGCCGAAGGCUGUCGUCAGCCUGCUUGGCAUGGUGUGGGAUACGGAGAAGGACAACCUGAGCAUCAAGUUUCCCGAAAGGCCGAAAGGGGCAAGGGCGCGGCCCACUAAGAGGAACAUCCUCGCCCAUCAGGCGUCGGUUUUUGACCCCUUAGGGAUGGUAGCCCCACUCGCUACGAAGCUCAAACAGUUCUUUCAGUAUGUGUGGGGGCAAGACGUAGAGUGGGACCAAGAGCUGUCGGACAGCGUGAGAAAGAUGUGGGAAACGGUCGAGAGCAGUCUGGAGCCGAGGCGGUAUGAGAUACCGAGGAGGUUGACUCAUGGCGCGGUGGUGGCAUGGGAUCUCGUAAUUUUCUCAGAUGCCAGUAAAUACCAUUAUGCCAUGGCGGCCUAUGUGCGGGGAAAGCUCGAGGAUGACACCUUCACCACACAACUGGUGAUGGCCAAAUCCCGUGUCAACCCGAAGGAGCACUUGAGUAUCCCGAGACUCGAACUGUUGGGAGUAUUGAUCGCAUCGAAUUCGGCACUUUUCUUGGUCGACGAGAUGCAAAUAGCGUUCAAGUCGGUGGUGCUGUUCUGCGACAGCAAAAUAGCGUUGUACUGGAUCAAAGGGUCGAACCGCUUGAAGACGUUUGUGUCGAACCAGGUGAAGCGCAUUCGGUCAAAUUUGGAGGUCUGCCAGCGGAAGGCGGCGACAGAGCUUUACUAUGUGCGGUCUCAGGAGAACCCCGCGGAUCUAGCGUCCAGAGGAGCCUCCCUGGGGGAGAUCGCCGACUCCCGGUUAUGGAGAGAGGGUCCGGCGUUCCUGCGGAACGAGAGAGCCACGUGGCCGGACACAGGGCUGGACUUCAGCUCGAUCAGCAAGGCUGAGGAGCCAGAGGUUCUUGCGGAGUGCGUGGGAGAAAAGACCAGUCCCAAGCGAAAGAAGUCCGACCCGGGAGCAGAAGUAGCGGCGCUGGUGGUUGCCACAGUGGAAACUGAGAGGGAUGUUAACGGGUUCUGCGAGUUCGUGCCAUACCACAGGGCACGAUCCUUGUCUAAGCUCGUAGGCAUCAUGGCAGCAGUCACCUAUUUCCUCUCAAAAGUGUCGGGCGGUAGAGUGAAGUGGAAGGGACCACUCAUUCCUCAAGUGUCCGGGGCUCGGAGGUGGUCAGCACUCAGAUAUGAACGGAUUGAGAAGUGGCUAAUAGUGCGGCACUAUGAAGAGAUGGGAAUGACCGACGAGCUGCGCGUCGAUUAUAACCUCAAUCCUCAUGUGGACGAGGACGGGGGGCGAGACGGAUUGCACAGAAAAUGCUGCGAGCAUGUGUGGUGUGUAAACGAGGAAACGGUCGUCCGUUUCGGUACCCCGAAGUGCCGCCCUUGCCCAGGUGUCGUCUGA